AUGAAGUUCUCCGCCAUCCUCGUCGCCGGCCUCGGUGCCGCAGCCGUCAACGCCCAGAACCCGUUGGACUCCCUCACCUCGGCCGUUGGCGGCGUUCUCAGCUCGGCCAUUGCUAGCGCCACGGGCUCCGUCCUCUCCUCCCUGGGUUCUCAAGCCGCUUCGCUCCAGUCCUCCCUUGCUUCUGACGCCAAUUCCGUCAUCGCAUCGGCCACCUCUGCUGGAGCCUCUGUGACCGACAUCUCCUCGAUCCUUUCCAGCGUCAGUGGCAGCUUGAGUUCUGCAGCCAGCUCUGCCGCUUCCAGCUUGAGCGGCGUCGCCGGUGCUGGAACCAGCUCCGCUGCCGCCGCCAGUUCAAGCGCUUUCGCUUCUGCCUCCUCAGUCGCUGCCUCGGCCUCGUCGGCUGCUGCUUCGGCCGCUUCUUCCGCUGCUGCCGGCUCCUCCGCUGCUGCCAACCCGAUUGCUCUUCCGGCCAUCGGUGGAAUCCUGGGUGCUGCGCUUGCCGUUGUUGGUCUGUUGUAG